GUGCCGUAAGUGAGCGCUGGAAGUGGAGACGGAAGAGGAGGAGGAGGAGGAAGGAGAAGGAGCAGCCGCUGCGGCCGCCGCCGUCUUAGCCGAGGGGGCUCCGGCUCUGCUCGUCAGGGACUGGCCAGGUCAAGCUACGAGAUGAGGCCACAGCAGCCGCCAGUUGCUAGCAAGGUGUUUAUCCAACGAGAUUACAGCAGUGGCACCAGAUGCCAGUUCCAGACCAAGUUCCCUCCAGAGCUGGAGAAUCGGCUCGACAGGCAGCAGUUUGAAGAAACGGUGCGAACCCUUAACAACCUUUAUGCUGAAGCAGAAAAACUUGGGAGCCAGUCUUAUCUUGAAGGUUGCUUAGCCUGUUUGACUGCCUACACUAUCUUCCUAUGCAUGGAGACACACUACGAGAAAGUUCUGAAGAAAAUUGCCAAGUAUAUCCAGGAGCAGAAUGAGAAGAUCUAUGCCCCGCAGGGUCUCCUGCUCACUGACCCCAUUGAGAGGGGACUGAGAGUUAUUGAAAUUACCAUUUAUGAAGACAGAAAUGUCAGUAGUGGAAGAUAAACGCCUGAUCUUCAAAGUAAAUAUUAACAGUAGAAGGGUCCAACUUGGUUUUUUUGUUGUUUUUGUUCCAGACAAUUCCCCGACUUCCUCCACCAUCACAUCAUUCCAUUCUGCUGCCACCAACUUCGCAGUGCCAUCUGCCACAAGGACUAACUUGUCAACAUCCCGUUCCUUCAUUUGGGGUGGGUGGGGGGAAUCCCUAUGUGCUGACCAGCAUUCAUUUUGUCUUGUCAUGGUAAGCCUUAAGCAGUGGGGUUGUCCAGGUAGCUGGCUUCUGAGAAGACGCUGAAGGAGAUCUGGACAGUGGGCACACGACCAAGCAGGAGUUACUCUGGUACAGUAUGGCUUCUGCUGGGAGUGCUGAGUUUUGGCAUUUGCGGAAAGAAAGCACCAGUGGGACAUGGAUGGCUGAAUUUCCAAAACUCAAGCCAAAGCACAAGGAGUGGGAUGUUGAUGUUUCUCAUUCUGUCAAGAAGAAUCGUGAAGCAAAGAUCAUCUUGAAUCGGAAGACUUCCUAGCAAUGUUGAAGGGCUUCUGCUGUUUAGUCUCAAGGGCCAAGGAGAAUCUUUGGGGGACAGAGUCUGCUGUUCUCACUGCAUCUUUCCUGGGCUGAGCUGAUAAACUGCUUGUUUAGCUGAGAAAAGCAGCAGCCAAAAUGUAUGCUGUACUAGUAAUUAUUAACUACUCCCUGCUCUCCACCCCUCUUAAAUGUUAAUUAUGUGACGUAAGUAAUAAAUGGCUUUCUCCAAUUCGUUAGAAGUUUUAAGCUUUAGACAAGCAAAGUAAUUUGACUAGAAAUGGUGUUUUGAUGGUGCUUCAUCUCUGUCCUCUCACCAAGUGCAUCUCCGCCAUCUGUAGUAGUUCUACUUGUGUUCAACAUUCCUCCAGCAGAGCUUUCAGACAUAUAUGGAACAUCUCGUCUUCUGAGUCAGUGACUUCGACUGAAUCCAAGGUUUCCUGUUCAGUUUCCCCUUUAAUCGAAGUGGACCUUUUGUGUGUGUUCAAGCACGAGCAGAAGCUGGCAGCAUUUUGUCAGCCACGUGGGCAUCGUCAUCUCUUCCUCAUGCCCAAGAAUUAAGGAGGCUGCCAAACAAGACCACUUACAAAAUGGAUUGAAUUUGUGACUUUUUAGAGCAAUCCAUGAACCGUCAGUAGUCGUGGGUCGAGGUUUCCGAGUGGAUUAUUUUUCAAUUCCCGCACCUCCCUGAGUUCUUUAAAAAAAAUAACACCCUCCCCUGGAAUCUGUUUAAUAUUUUAAGUGUAUAAACACCUUUUUUUCUAACCUGUAACAAUGUUUUGUCUCUUGCACCCUUUACAAUCAGUUUUCAGAAAUAUGGAUGGGUUAGUAACUUUUUCUUAAAAUAAAUGGUUCGUCAUUUGUUA